UAUUCCUGGUUAUGAACUGUCAAUGCCCAUGCACGUCGAAUAUUGUGAAGGCUUAUUUACUUAUGUUACGUACAAAGGGGUCGCGGUUUGCAACCCAUGGUUAAGACAGAUUAGAUGGAUUAGUACCUAUGAUCACUGCUAUGAUUUCAAUGGGAUGGGAUACGACAAUAGUAGACCUGACAAGCACUACAAGAUCUUUAGGUCUAAUCGUAAUACCAAUACAAUGUCCGUGGUCUGCACCGACUUUGGAUCCGACGAAUGGAAAUUGUACGAGUAUGCAUCUGAUAAAUGGCAGUUAGAGUCGUUCUAUAGUGUAUCAUUAAAUGGGACUUUAUAUUGGGUUGCUUUUAAUUAUGAGUCUCGUGAGCACUUUAUUCAAAGUUUUGACUUUUCCACGGAGAGAUUUGAACCCUAUUGUAUCUUGCCUACUAAAAACGCACGUGGUCCAUGCAAUGCUAUUUCAUCACUUGCCGUAUAUAGGGAAGAUCGAUUUUCGUAUUUAGAGCAAGUGUUCUAUAACCCAAGGGCUGUAGAGAUUUGGGUGACAAAAGAAAAGAUUAAAAAUGGGGAUGGAGAAGGUGUAGAGUGGGUGAAUUUGAUGAGUGUGUUACUUCCUGAAUGGUCGAGUUUAAAAGUCAACUACUACCCGCCAAGUUACUUCAUCGUUGAAGAUAAAAGUCUCAUGACUCUUGUAAUGUGUUGUUAUAACAAGGAGGGAAAAGCUUACAUUUAUAUUGCCAAGGGAGAUAAGUUCCAUCAAAUUGAAAUAAAAGAUUUGGUUGAGUAUUAUCAUCCUCGUCACCGUACCUAUUUCCCCAGUUUGGUCCAAGUUCCUACGUUCACGAUGACCGGUAGGGGCAUAACGCAACAGAACGAGGUUGAAUCCCGCUUUGCACACCCCAGGGGAGUACAAGUGAGCGGUGGAGUUGGAGGAGACGAGUGGGACGAUGGCGUUUUCGAUAAUGUGAAGCAUGUGACUGUAGGUUUCAAUUAUCAUGGUAUCACCUUUGUCAAGUUCAACUACUGCAACGGUAUCGUAGUUGUAACAGGAGCCACUCAUGGGGAUUCUACUACUGCAACGUGUCAGGUUGCCAUUGACGACUAUAUCGAAGCCGUGGAGGGAACCGGAGCCACUCAUGGGGAUUCGACCAAAACUCGCGAGAUUAUACAGUAUCAGGUUGCCGUUGACGACUACAUCGAAGCCGUGGAGGGAACCUACACUGAGAGUCACAUCACGUCCAUAGCGUUCCGGUUGCACAAGGACAACGAGUCGCUACUUUUAGGAUCAUUCGAGGGAAAGUCCUUUGCGCUUGGAGGAGGACGAGGCUCGAAGAUCCUCGGGUUUUACGGAAGAAGCUCUGAUGACCACCUCACCGCUCUCGGCGUCCACCUCUCCCCCUUUCCUUAGACUUUUUUCAUUUCCAAGAUGAAUAACUACUGAUGUGUAUGGUGGGAGUCUAGUAAUUUGUUUGAACUAAAAAUAUAUUUUAAUCUUUACUAUAUACAAGAUGAUGUCUCAAACUAAAUGUUA